CUGCAUCACAGUUACUGACCACAGGGAUUGUUUCUGGGAUGCUGGGAUGUUUUCUGAGCCAGUUUACUUUGAAUCUGCAGGGCAGUGAUGACGUGGAAGGUAUAUAUGAGAGAGGAACUGUUCUUCAUACCGAAGAUUCACACCUCAACAACAAGUUAUCCUUCCGUAUCUGGCUCUCCUCUUUUUGUUUUACUGCCUCUCCUCUCAGAUGAUCCAUUUGUCACCCACCUGCAGCUGAUUUUAUACCGACAACAUGAGCAUACGGAAACUCAGUUUCAAGUGGUUUGGUAGCCUCACCAACCUCUCCUUUCGCCGCUCCAAUGAGAAAUCAGACUCCAAGUCUUCUCGGUCCAACUCUACAGCAGGAUGCGUGCCUGGAGAUAGCUAUGGUGCGCCGAUCCUGACUCCAGUUGUUGAGACAACGGUGGAUGACAUGGAUGCCAUGCGUCCUCGCACUGCCAGCUAUGUCCGCUCCAGUGAGAACUACACACACAUGGGUACACUGCCGAGGCUGCUAAUGAAGAGGAAGGACAAAAACAAUAAAGGAGGCCCCAGCAGCAGUAAGAAGGCAAAAGAAAAGAGCCUCAGCAGAAGUCAAAGCCAGCGACCUUCAGGGGACCGAGACCAUGUGUCCAUGAAGCUAAAAGCAGCUUCAUUCAAAGUGACUGGGGAUGAAGCUGGAGCUAAAGGUGACCCUGGCCUCUGCAAAGACUCUCUGGCUGAUCCAAAGACCCAGACUGAACCUACAGGUGAAGCAAAUGGCACAAACAUCCAGAACGCCACCACUGGACCAGCAGCUGCAGGGGAAGAUGUGUCGCCAUCUAGUGGCCCAAGUGCAGCACUUCAACCAGAUACUUGUGAUGGACAGGGAGUCAUCCAGACAGGUCCAGACGUGAACCCUGAAGAGACUUCAUCACCUCCAGUCAGCCCGGGGAAGGAUCUGACCCAGACACCUGAGGAUGAUGAGUUAGAGCCUGUAUCUGAACCAAAGGAGGAGGCAGAAAGCAGAAAGCUGACAGAAGGAGCGGGAAAAGGAAAACAAAACUCUGACAAUAUUUACAGCCACAUGGAGCCAGCAGAAAGCCAUGCAGAAUAUGUGCAGUUCUCCAAGGAGAAGUACCUGCUGGAGUCUCCUCCUGAGAAACUUCGUAAGGAGCUGGAGGAGGAGCUGAAACUGAGUGCCGCUGACAUCAGGAGCCAUGGCUGGUACCAUGGACACAUACCCAGAGAGGUGUCAGAGACACUGGUUGUACGUAAUGGAGAUUUCCUGGUGCGUGACUCUCUGACCAGUGUGGGUGACUACGUGCUGACCUGUCGAUGGGAUAAUGAGGUGCUGCACUUCAAGAUCAGCAAAGUCCUCGUCAAAUCUAAUGAGACCAAGGUUAAGUAUAUGUUGGAGUCCGACAGCUUUGACUCGGUCCAGGAGCUUGUGCGGUUUUAUGUGGGCCAGCGCAAACCGGUCUCCCAGUCCAGCGGUGUCCAUAUCUACUGUCCAGUCAGCAGGACUCUCCCUCUGCGCUACCUGGAGGCCACCUUCGCUCUGGCCACCAGCAAGCAAGGCUCCGCCUACUCACCGUCCAGCCAGAGGGGAGCGUACAUCAAGAGGCGGAGCGUCACCAUGACCGACGGGCUGACGACUGAGAAGAUGAUACCUCACAGCCCGUCGACAAUCCACCACCAUAAAGACGCAAUGCGGAACUGUGCGAUGAGCAUGGACCAGAUUCAGGAGUAUCGCUGCCCCUUGUCACCUGUUGGGGAAGCUCCACUGUCUCCUGCUUAUAGUGCUAUCACCAGGCAGAGAGCCCACUCAGGUGGGCGGGUCCUGGCUGUCGUCCCACCCUCCCCCGUGAUGCGUCGUUCCAGCGACCCUCAGCUCAGCCCAUCAGCCGGUAACAACCCUCCUGAGCAUCCUGCGCACACCUCCCACUCUGCACACUCCACGCCCGCCCAUCAUCCCAACUACCAAUCACAUUCCUCGGAAACAGCAGGGAGCUACUGUGACCUCAGACCUUGCCCCGCCGGGCCCCCUAAACCACCGACUAAGGGCUACGUGGAGCGGUUGCGAGUGGAAGAAGGGAGGGGAGACGGAGCGAGGGAGGAAGGAGAGGGGGUGUUCAGCACCCCACAGGUGGAGACAGCGUCCUCCUUCAGACCAUCCAGGUAUGAGUCUUGCCUUAUGCCCGCUGAGAAUAAGCCUCUGGAGAUGUCGGUGCUGAAGAGAGUCAAAGAGCUGCUGGCUGAGGUGGAUGCGAGGACAGCAGCUAAACACAUCACCAUGACAGACUGCACGGUGGCUCGAAUAUUAGGAGUGACCCCAGACAUGCAAAGGAUGAUGGGAGUGUCCUCAGGGUUGGAAUUACUGACACUACCACAUGGACACCAGCUAAGACUUGACCUAUUGGAGAGGUUCUACACCAUGUCUAUCAUGAUGGCGGUGGACCUGCUAGGCUGCACGGGAAGCACAGAGGAGAGGGCGGCGCUGCUCCACAAGACCAUCCAAUUGGCAGCAGAGUUAAAAAGCAACCUGGGCAAUAUGUUUGGCUUUGCUGCUGUGAUGAGAGCCCUGGAGCUGCCACAGAUUUCCCGUCUGGAGCAGACGUGGGUGACAUUACGCCAGAGACACACAGAGGGCGCUAUUCUGUACGAGAAGAAACUCAAACCUUUCAUGAAAAAUAUGAAUGAUGGCAAAGAGUUGAAUGCCUUGUCCAACACCUCCGUACCCCACAUCAUUCCUGUCCUGUCCUUACUUGAGCGGGGCAUGGUUGUCGGAGAGGCGCUGGAGCCCUGGGAGAGUUCAGAGGUGGGAGUAGACGUGGUCAUGUACCACCUAGAAGCAGCUCGUACCAUCGCGCAUCACGGGGGGAUCUAUAGAACCAACGCUGAGACCAAACUGCAGGGAUUCCAGGAGAGGCCAGAAAUACAUGAAAUCUUCCACACAGAGUUCCAGAUGCGUCUCCUUUGGGGCAGCCGUGGCUCGGAGGGCAGCCAAUCAGAGCGUUACGAGAAGUUUGACAAAGUCCUCACCGCUCUGUCACACAAGCUAGAGCCUCCUGUUCGUCACAGCGAGCUAUAGCACCUGCCCCAACAACAGCCAUCGCCAAAACACCCCCAUCUGCACUCACCACUCAUUGUGGUCUGGUCUUAUUUUGCAACGCAAAGGAUGAUGUAGAAGAGUCCAUCGUGAACACUGGGAGGGGGGAGAGUGAAUGAAGAGGCAGCUAAAGGGGCAUGUGCAGUGAGAAAUACAAAGAAGAGGGUCUCACUUGUAAAAUGUGAUGCACUCACUGUGGACUUCUGUCCCCCCCUGUGGACUUCCUCACUUAGCGCUAAAAUAUGUAAACAGUGUCUGGAAGGAGACAAGCUAAGUGGAAAAGAAGACAGGGGAGAUGGGUGACCAGCUCCUCCACUUGGUACAAACAGUAACGUGUAUGGUGCGUCCCGAGGGCCAAACCGAGCUGCCGAGUUUGGCUUUGCUCCAAAAUAAAAAAACAGACUCUCUUGUUUCAAACAACCGCUGUCACACACUGUAGCAGAAAUGCUAACAAUAACUUACAUAGCUCAUAUAUAGAUGUUUAGUGCGUGAGUGAGUGUGUGUCUGUAUGCGUGUGUUUACAUUCCUUCAUUUUUGUACGUCAUAAAUGUUUCAUGUAUUAUUUUUCUUGUCUUAUUUAUUUGUUAUGAUCAAAGAAUAUCUAAACAUCAUGGACGCAGCUUCACCAAACUCAUGAGACUCUGUCAGUGCUCAUUCUGUGGGAACCACGAUCAUAAAACCUCAUUAAAAAUGUAUCAAGCAGUCCCAUUGAAUCCCAUUAAAAAUGUAUCAGGCAUGCAUUAAUAAAUGUAUCAGAAAUGAAACAUUUGCAGAAGUAAUGCAGCAACUUCAAUACGAGGGCUUUGUGACUUGUUAAAAAUGUUAAGAGGACAAAGCAACGUCCCCUCUGUUGUAGCUGUUUGACUAAUACAUUUGAUAUUGUGUGUCUUGUGCACAAAAUAUUGCGAAAAAAAGGCACUAAGAGACAGAGGAGAAAAUGGGAUGUGCACUCUUUAAAUUUAGUUUAAGCAAUGUUUCACUUAGUAUACAAACAUUUUAUAAAGUUGCAGGAAUUAUUGAAAUCGUUGAUGCAUGCAGCUAUAGAUGUUUUACCAAGUAAAAUGUUGCUUUAAACUACUAAUUUAAGUAUAACAACAUUUCAAACUUUAGAUAUAUGCAGAUGAUACCAUGAAGAUCUUUCAUGUCUGGAUAAUCUUGAAUGAUACCAAACAGACAGAGAAAUCUGUUAUUUUUCAUCUUUUUUGUCCAGUUUGAAACCCGUUAAAUGAUAAAAAGAAGUUCCCAAACUGAGGCAAAUGUUGACCAUAGCCCUGCUACAGAGAAUGUUUUUUGGUUCUAUGUUUUGAGUUUGUGUUUCAGCAAUCAAGCUAAUUCUUUAAAUGCUAUGGGAUUUCAUUUUGUUUGACUGCUCAGUGUUAAAUCAUUGCUGUAUGUACAGCAUAUGGGCCUGAGAGCGCUGGAGCCGACUCUCAGAGCUAUGCAAUCAUUUCAACCAAGGGCUGAGACCCCUGAACAGACACCCGAUCGCCAUAUUCACUCUUUGCCCCUGACAUCGCCUUCUUUUAAAAAUGUAUAUCCUUUGUUCUUCCUAAGCCUAUCCAAACUGAUUAUCUAUAUGUGAACUGAAGUCCUAUCAGAUAUCAAUCAAAUGGAAAUAACUCUAAAAAUAUCCUCCUACCCGAGAUUUGCAUAUCAGAGAUUCUUAAAUGGAUGUUUGAUUGUCCUGCUCUUUAGUCUGAACCUGUACAGAUGAACCAUGUGCCAGUUCCCAAUGUGGUCCAACAGGGGGCAAUCUUUAGUCAGCAAAAAAACUCUGAAUCAUUAAUUGUAAUACAACAUAACAGGAAGACACACACACACACAUAAAAACAUAUUGUAUGUGUUUUGAGACCAAUGUUUGAUAUCAUUGUUAUUAAAUAUCAACCCUACUGGUUUAGGUUUGGUAUCUGAUAACACUGAUGAUGAAAAAGUGAUGAUGAUAUAAUUUGUUUUUAUUUGUUCUCUGUCGAAUGCUGUACAGGAAUGCUCUGACAGUGUAUGGAUUCUCCUGUUGUGUAUAACAGGACUGUAUGAGAUGAACACAAAAAGCAAAAAGAGAAAUGUUUCAGGACUGAUCUCAUGUUUUUUUUAACGUAUAC